GGGAAGUGAUCCUCUGUGCUAGUGCAGCGAGUUUUCUUAUCUGGAGAAGUGCAACAGCCCCUCUGCUUAUAGAUGGCUACCAGGGUCUUCAGCAUGACAACUGAUGAAUCCAUCAUCCGCAUCCCUCCAUACCAUUACAUCCAUGUGCUGGACCAGAACAGCAAUGUGUCCCGAGUGGAAGUUGGCCCAAAGACUUAUAUCCGGCAAGACAAUGAGAGGGUUCUGUUUGCUCCCAAGCGCAUGGUGACUGUCCCUCCCCGCCACUACUGCAUGGUGGUCAACCCCGUGGCCCGGGAUGCCCAGGGUACAGUGCUGUUUGACGUCACAGGGCAAAUACGGCUUCGCCAUGCUGACCAAGAGAUCCGGCUGGCCCAGGACCCCUUUCCCCUGUACCCAGGGGAGGUGCUGGAAAAGGACAUCACCCCACUGCAAGUUGUUCUGCCCAACACUGCCCUGCACCUUAAGGCUUUGCUGGACUUUGAGGAUAAGAAUGGAGACAAGGUGUUGGCAGGAGAUGAAUGGCUGUUUGAGGGGCCCGGCACGUACAUCCCCCGGAAGGAAGUGGAGGUCGUGGAGAUCAUUCAGGCAACAGUCAUCAGGCAGAACCAGGCCUUGCGGCUGAGGGCCCGCAAGGAAUGCUGGGACCGGGAUGGCAAGGAGAGGGUGACAGGAGAAGAAUGGCUGGUCCGCUCAGUGGGUGCCUAUCUUCCAGCAGUCUUUGAGGAAGUUCUGGAUCUGGUGGAUGCUAUCAUCCUUACAGAAAAGACAGCUCUGCACCUGCGGGCUCGGCAGAGCUUCCUGGACUUCCGUGGUGUGGCCCGUCGCACGGGGGAGGAAUGGCUGGUGAUGGUGAAGGACACAGCGGCCCACGUGCCCGAUGUCAAUGAGGAGAUGCUGGGGGUGGUGCCCAUCACCACACUGGGCCCCCAACACUACUGUGUGAUCCUUGAUCCCGUCGGAGCAGAUGGCAAGAACCAGCUGGGCCAAAAGAAGGUCAUCAAGGGAGAGAAGUCCUUUUUCCUGCAGCCGGGAGAGAGGCUGGAACGAGGCAUCCAGGAUGUAUAUGUGCUGUCAGAGCAGCAGGGCUUGCUGCUACGGGCUCUGCAGUCCCUGGAGGAGGGCGAGGAGGAGGAGAAGGUAUCUCGCCAGGCUGGCGACCGCUGGCUCAUCCGUGGACCCCUGGAAUAUGUGCCAUCUGCCAAGGUGGAGGUGGUGGAGGAGCGGCAAGCCAUCCCGCUGGAUGAAAACGAGGGUAUCUACGUGCAGGAUGUCAAGACUGGAAAGGUGCGUGCUGUGAUCGGAAGCACCUACAUGCUGACCCAGGAUGAGGUCCUGUGGGAGAAGGAGCUGCCCCCUGGGGUGGAGGAGCUACUGAACAAGGGGUACGACCCUCUGGCAGACAGGGGCCAGAUGGACUCAGCCAAGGCCCGUCAGCCCUCAGCUCCCCGCAACAAGACCCGCGUGGUCAGCUACCGCGUCCCCCACAAUGCAGCCGUACAGGUUUACGACUACAGAGCCAAGAAAGCCCGGGUGGUCUUUGGGCCUGAGCUGGUGUCCUUAGGUCCUGAGGAACAGUUCACCAUGUUGUCCCUCUCGGCUGGGCGACCCAAACGUCCACACGCCCGCCGGGCUCUCUGCCUGCUGCUUGGGCCUGACUUCUUCACGGAUGUCAUCACCAUUGAAACGGCCGAUCACGCCAGGCUGCAGCUCCAGCUUGCCUACAAUUGGCACUUUGAGGUGAGUGACCGGAAUGAUCCUCGAGAGACCACCAAGCUCUUCUCAGUGCCCGACUUCGUGGGUGAUGCCUGCAAGGCCAUUGCCUCCCGCGUGCGCGGUGCCGUGGCCUCCGUCUCCUUCGAUGACUUCCACAAGAACUCAGCUCGCAUUAUCCGCAUGGCGGUCUUUGGCUUUGAGACCUCUGAAGCCAAGGGCCCUGACAGCAUGGGCCUGCCCAGGCCCCGGGACCGGGCUGUCUUUCCCCAAAAUGGGCUGGUGGUCAGCAGCGUGGAUGUGCAGUCAGUGGAGCCAGUGGACCAGAGGACUCGAGAUGCCCUACAGCGCAGCGUCCAGCUGGCCAUCGAGAUCACUACCAACUCCCAGGAGGCCGCAGCCAAGCAUGAGGCUCAGAGACUAGAGCAGGAGGCCCGGGGACGGCUGGAGAGACAGAAGAUCUUGGACCAAUCAGAAGCCGAAAAAGCCCGAAAGGAACUCUUGGAGCUUGAGGCUAUGAGUGUGGCAGUGGAGAGCACUGGCAAUGCCAAAGCGGAGGCCGAGUCCCGGGCAGAGGCAGCUCGGAUCGAAGGGGAAGGGUCUGUGCUGCAGGCCAAGCUGAAGGCAGAGGCGUUGGCCAUUGAAACAGAAGCUGAGCUUGACAGAAUAAAGAAAGUUCGAGAGCUGGAACUGGUCUAUGCUCAGGCCCAACUAGAGCUGGAAGUAAAGAAGGCCCAGCAGUUGGCUGAUGUGGAGGCCAAGAAGUUCAAGCAGAUGACCGAGGCCCUGGGCCCCAGCACCAUAAGGGACCUGGCAGUGGCUGGGCCCGAGAUGCAGGUAAAACUGCUCCAGUCACUGGGCCUGAAGUCAACCCUAAUCACCAAUGGCAACGCUCCCAUCAACCUCUUCAGCACAGCCCUUGGGUUGUUGGGGCUGGGGGCAGAGGGUCAGCCUUCAGCCAAAAAGGAUGCCAGCAGGCCCAGCCCCCAGGAGGGCUUGAUUCUGCAGGACCCUCUAGCCUCUCAAAGUUCUACAGGCAAAUAAGACGUGUCUUAGCUAAGCCCUGCACGAAUACCAAUUCUGGCAAUCUGCGGCCUUAUAAACAAAACAAAUAAACAAACGAAAAAACCUA